AUGCGUAAGUUCCCCGAAUCCAGGUUCCACGGUCCGGGUUCCAGAUUGUAUAAUGAACGCUUACAACAUUACAUUUUUUAUCAAAUUAACGCGCUUUCAAACAAUCUUGAAACUGUGACUAGCCUGGUCAAAGCCCUGUCAGCAAUCACAGAAAAUCUCAACAAUCAAGCCUCUACAGCUGUCAAAGGAACAGGCAAUGAGGAGGAGUUUAAACAAAUAUUUGACAAGUUCGCUAAUCACACCAAGCAGAUUCAAAAUGUAACAAAGAAGUUGAAUAAAACAGUUGGCCAUGUUAACGAGCUGGCAGCAGUAUGGUCAGAGACAACCAUCACAUUUAACAAACACUUCAAAAGCCUAAAAGAGAAAACAGGGCAAACCCAGGAUGACAUAGAAGACUUGGAGAGAAAACUCACCGAGAAAAUUGACAAGUUAGAACAGGAGGUUAAAACUUUAAAAGUUUCUUUAAGUUAUGCCCAAGAAGAAAGUGCAUCGCUCAAGGAGAAGUGGCCCGAAGGUAAAUUCUGCAUCUUGGCAAAUGGCCGCUGCCCACGAGGAUUUCGACGCCACGAGGGGCAUCUCAAGUCAUUGUAUUUGUACUCGUCCCAUUCACAGUUUGUGAACUCGGCCAAAUUUGGAAGCAGUUCUAUUGGUUGCUAUGGUAGCUACUGUGGACAAUACGGCAAUUUCAUUGGCUCUCUCACUUUGAUCACGUGUUGCAAAUAGAAGAUCUAUGACGUAGUCAUCGAAUUACAAACAAAACAACCAGGAAAAUUAAGGAUAAAAGUUUUCCAUAACAAUGCGUUUAAUUGAACAAAGAUUAAAAGUGUCUGGCUCAGCAAUUUCUAA